AUGGUGGCCUUCUACAACUGGGUUACAGUGUUGCUGGAUAAGGGAAGAGCAACUGACGUCAUCUACCUGGGCUUGUACAAAGCAUUUGACAAAGGAUUUGACACUGUCCCACACGACAGCCUUGUCUCUAAAUUGGAGAGACAUGGAUUUGAUGGAUGGACCAUUCGGUGGAUGAAGAAUUGGCUGAAUGGUCGCACUCAAAGAGUUGCAGUCAAUGGCUUGAUGUCCAAGUGGAGAUCGGUGGCGAGUGGCAUUCCUCAGGGGGGUGCGUUCUCCGAAGUUGUUUUGGCUGAAGAGAGAGCGAGUGGGAAACUCUUUGCGGUCAAGUGCAUUCCCAAGAAGGCACUGAAGGGAAAGGAAAGCAGCAUAGAGAAUGAAAUUGCAGUUCUGAGAAAGAUCAAGCAUGAAAAUAUAGUUGCCCUGGAAGACAUCUAUGAGAGUCCUAACCAUUUAUAUCUGGUCAUGCAAUUAGUGUCUGGUGGAGAGCUUUUCGACCGCAUCGUCGAGAAAGGUUUCUACACCGAGAAGGAUGCCAGCACCCUGAUCCGGCAGGUCCUGGAUGCUGUCUACUACCUGCACCGAAUGGGCAUCGUGCACAGGGACCUCAAGCCUGAGAACCUGCUUUACUACAGCCAGGAUGAAGAGUCAAAAAUCAUGAUCAGUGACUUUGGAUUGUCAAAGAUGGAGGGUAAAGGAGAUGUGAUGUCCACAGCCUGCGGGACUCCUGGCUACGUUGCUCCUGAAGUGCUGGCCCAGAAACCCUACAGCAAAGCCGUGGACUGCUGGUCCAUUGGGGUCAUCGCAUACAUCCUGCUCUGUGGGUAUCCCCCUUUCUAUGAUGAAAAUGACUCCAAACUCUUUGAGCAGAUCCUUAAGGCGGAGUAUGAGUUUGACUCUCCAUAUUGGGAUGACAUCUCCGAGUCUGCUAAAGACUUCAUUCGGAAUUUGAUGGAGAAGGACCCUAAUAAAAGAUACACCUGUGAGCAAGCAGCACGGCACCCUUGGAUCGCUGGUGAUACAGCGCUCAACAAAAACAUCCACGAGUCGGUCAGCGCUCAGAUCCGGAAGAACUUUGCAAAAAGCAAAUGGAGACAAGCGUUUAAUGCCACAGCAGUCGUGCGACACAUGAGACGGUUACACCUCGGCAGCAGCCUGGACAGUGCGAGCGCCAGCGUGUCGAGCACCCUCAGCCUCGCCGCGCCACUUCCUGACGCAGCCACACGGAAAGAUUGUAUGUCUCCAUCCACUCUCUGUAGUUUUGUUUCAUCUGCUUCUUCAGGCGUUUCUGCAGUAGGAGGGGACCGAAGACCCAGACCCACCACAGUGACCACAGUGCACACAGGGAGCAAGUGAGAGCCGGGGCGGCGUGGAGCGGGCAGGCGGCUGGGCUGGCAGGGUUCUUCUGCACGAUCCCACCCUGCAGUGCACGCUCAGCGAAGGACUAGAAGAAAGAAGAUUUUUUAUGGCCAUAUUUUAUACUGCAAUUCUGAAAUGUUUCAUUUAUCACAAACUGCAAUGACUCCAGGGGGAAUGGAUCUAACAGUCUCUGGUGCUGUACAUAUAUAUACA